AGUGGUAUUACUAGAGAAAAAAAAAACUAAUAAAACCCAACGGGUCCUUAAAAAAACAAAACAAAGCACAGCUGCUGCCGCUUUACCGUUUUUCAGAAACAUCCGCACUCGACUGGGAAACGCUGCCGGAGUUGGUCGUCGGCCACCAGUUGCAAAUUUUGUUUUAGUUCGAUACUGUGGUGCUGAGUGAGAUCAGUGCUGAGUGGUCUGCAGCAGCUUUGUUUUGGAUCUCUUCCAGAGUCAAUUUGAUGGCAGCUGCACACUUUUCCAACUCUGCUACUUCGGCAUCUUAGGUGGCAUCAGAAACGAUCACAAACCCUUGUUCUCAAUUUGUUCCAAAAUUGAUAAUGUCUCCAAUCAUGUCAAUGACCAGGAAGGUUGACAGUAAAUAAUGAAUGGAAGAGUGUAUUAUUGAUUGUAGAAUAGAAAAUGCAAAAGGGAUGUAGAGUAUCCAAACUCAGUGAAUGUGAAGAAAAGGCUCAUUAGUAGAAAAUGGCUACCGAAGAAAACAAAGAUCUUGUUGAAAUCUUGGAAAAUUUGAAAUUAAUCGAUGUGGCUAAAUAUAUGAACUUUGUGAGUGCUCCACAAGCUGGUGCUAUAGCUACAUUUUCAGGCACAACUCGUGACACUUUUGACGGAAAAGCAGUUUUGGAGUUGAUAUAUGAAGCUUACAUUCCAAUGGCGAUACGUUGUAUCAAGUCUGUCUGUUCAUCAGCAAGAGAGUCCUGGAGUCUACAUUCCAUUGCUGUUGCUCAUCGGCUAGGUACAGUACCUGUUGGAGAAACGAGUAUCUUCAUCGCAGUGUCGUCUGUUCAUAGGGCUGAUGCACUUGAGGCAUGUAAAUAUUUGAUAGAUGAGGUAAAGGCAACCGUUCCUAUUUGGAAAAAGGAGGUUUAUUCAAAUGGAGAGGUAUGGAAAGAGAACACUGAAUUCUUGGAGAGAAGGUCUGAGCUUGGUAAAAAGGAUGUAGCUGUGGCUUGCUAUGGGAAAAAGUUAGAAAAUAAGGAGCAUAGUAAAAAGCAUUGUUGUGGGAAUAAGAUUCGGAUUGACGAAGGUAGCCAAGAUUAAAAUUGUAUUUAAGCUUUGAAGUCAAUAAACCUGCCCAUCUGUCGACACUAAUUUAUCAAUCUUGUUAUUUAAGUUCUCUCA